UUGGGAUCUCUAUUAUACAUACGCCUUCUUGGGCUCUCCCUCUCUCCCCCCUCUCCCUCUCUCUCUCUCUCUCCUCUCUCUCUCUCUCUCUCUCGCUCGCUCUCGGCGGCUGCUGUUUGAAAUCGUACCGACACUUUUGGUCCAGAAGAAAAAACGUUCUUUUUCUUGAACCUGAAAAAUGUCGACCAUGCAUAGUGUAUUCUUCAAAGAACAAGAAGGGAUUGCCCUGAAUGACAGUAACGCGCCACCGUCGGAAGUCGCGUGUUGGAAUCUUGGGCUGGGAUCUCAGCCAGCAGCGGCGGCGGGGGGGGCUUAUAGUUACGGCGAUGCUUUUAUCCAGUCAAAGCUUGCAGCAGCUGUGCUGGAACUUUCUGCUGGUGGGAAUCAGUUCAAUGUGGGAAAGGUUUCUGAAGAUCUGCAAGCCCUGGGAAAGGGAGAUUCUACUCACUUCACUCUUUUCUCUGAUUAUGAUUUAGGUGAUUCCAGAAUUGCUGAAAACGGGGCCAAAAAUCUGCAGACUCUCUCCUCAUUCCAACCCUAUCCCACCAUGGACUAUCAAGUCCCUUUCAAGCUUGGAUUCGGCCAACCAAUGAUUUGUGGACAAUAUCCUUAUGCAGAGCAUUGCUAUGGCCUCUAUUCAACUUACGGAACUCAAAUUGCGGGCCGGAUGAUGCUACCGUUGAACAUGGCUAGCGAUGGUGCCCCGAUUUUCGUUAAUGCCAAGCAGUACAAUGCUAUCAUGAGGCGCAGAAAGGCGCGUGCAAAGGCAGAAUUACAGAACAAACUGCUCAAACGUCGCAAGCCGUAUCUGCACCUGUCGCGCCAUCUCCAUGCAAUGAGGCGUCCUAGAGGCAGUGGCGGCCGGUUCCUCAACACGAAGACGAUCAUGAAACGAACUGAUAAGGAAGAGAAGCAGCAGCCACAACGAACUGAGUCACAGAUAUUUGAAGUGCUGCAAUCUGAUGGAGCUGGGAUUAAUUCAAAGGGGCUGGCGAAUGUGAUCAGUGGAUGCAUUAGUCCAGCCGGCUCUGAGGUGACCAGUCAGCUGUUCUCCACUGCAACCAUGAUCCGCCGGUUUCAGAUUAAUCAUCUGAACGCGUCGUUUCAGCCCGUCCGGGAUUUGGCGAAUACCGGGCUUGGGAUCACUCUGGAUGCUGGCAAUUACCUGAAAGUCUGAUGACGGCAACUGGUGGGGUUGGUAUCCUGUGUUGUUGGCACCACCCCAUCAGGCGAUCUCUUCGGGGCAAUUCAUUCUUGGCUAAUGAUCUCCAACGACCUACAACUCG